UCUUUUAUGUUUCAAGCCACUCUUGAGACAAGAAAAAUACCACCCAAAAUAAUUUGCUUCCCUCUCUUUCCCUUCAAUUUGUUAUUUUUUCUUUUUGAUUCUACAAAAACAAGGAAAAGAACCAGUUUUUUUCUUCUGAUCUUUGAUAGCUAAAAAAGGGUUCUUCAGUUUAUAUUUAGCAUUACAGUUCUUCAAUUCUUUUUUUUUUCCUUCCAAAAAUGUCACCAUUUUAGCUACCAAUUGCUGCUUUAUACCUUCUCUGUCUGUAUCUUUCCUUGUUUGAGAACAAGUUCUUCAGCUCUCUGGGUUUUUUUUUUCAUUAUCAAACAUGUCUGCUAAAUCCAAAUCUGAAACUCCAAGCAAGGUUUCACCAGCAACACCUAGAGUGGCAAGUAAACUAAGCAAGGGAUUGGCUAAAUCAGAGCCUGAUUCGCCUUCUCCUUUGCAGAGUACUCGCCAUUUGGUGGAUCGAUCCCUGCGAUCAUCGCUUAAUUCGAAGCCGCUAAAUUCGAAGCCUUCGAUUGAUCGGAAAUCGCCGAAGGCCGCCGCCCCGGCUGAAAAACCGCAAACUCGGGUCGGAAAGGGAUUGGAGUUGCAGGCGCAGUUGAAUGUGGUUCAGGAGGAUUUGAAGAAAGCAAAGGAGCAAAUAGAAUUGAUCGAGAAAGAGAAGGUGCAAGCAAUCGAUGAACUGAAAGAAGCGCAGAAGGCGGCCGAAGAAGCGAAUGAAAAGCUUAGGGAGGCUGUUGUGGCGCAAAAGCGAGCCGAAGAGAGCUCCGAGAUCGAGAAGUUCCGUGCCAUUGAGUUGGAGCAGGCGGGGAUCGAGGCUGCCCGUAAGAAAGAUGAAGAAUGGGAGAAAGAAAUUGAGUCGGUGCGGAACCAGCAUGCUUUGGAUGUGGCUGCGCUUCUCUCGAACACUGAGGAGCUUCAAAGGGUGAAGCAGGAACUUGCUGCGACUUGUGAUGCGAAGAACCGAGCGUUGAGCCAUGCUGAUGAUGCAACCAAGAUUGCUGAAAUGCAUGCCGAGAAGGUGGAGAUUCUUUCGGCUGAAUUGGUUCGGUUGAAGUCCUUGCUUGAUUCGAAGCAUGAAACCGAGGCUAAUGAGAACAAUGAAAUGGUGUUGAAUCUUAAGGCCGAGAUAGAAUCGUUGAAACGAGAACUCGAGAAAGCAAAGAUCUACAAGGAGAAGUUGAUGGAAAAGGAAGCUGUCAUUGAACAACUUAAUGUUGAGUUAGAAGCUGCGAGAAUGGCUGAAUCUUAUGCGCGCAAUGUAUUAGAGGAAUGCAAAAAUAGGGUCGAAGAAUUAGAAAUGCAGAUUGAGGAAACGAAGAAGUUGGAACGAUCAGCAUCGGAAUCUCUGGAAUCGGUUAUGAAGCAACUAGAGGACAACAACGAUGCACUGCAUGAUGCUGAAUCUGAAAUUGCUGCUCUUAAAGAGAAGGUCGGAUUAUUGGAAAUGACAAUCAGUAGACAAAGAGGCGAUCUUGAGGAAUCUGAACGUCGCAUUCAUAAGGCAAAGGAAGAAACUGCAGACGCAGAGAAAUUGGUCGACUCUCUAAAGUCCGAGUUAGAAACUAUGAAGGAAGAAAAGAUCCAAGCUCUAGAUAACGAGAAGCUUGCGGCUUCCAGCGUUCAAGUUCUUUUGGAAGAGAAGAACAAACUCAUUAAUGAGUUGGAAAAUUCUCGGGAUGAGGAAGAGAAGAGCAAGAAAGCAAUGGAAAGCUUAGCUUCGGCAUUACACGAAGUUUCUGCAGAAGCUAGGGAAGCUAAGGAGAAGCUGUUAUCGAGUGCAGCCGAGCAUGAACAUUACGAGGCGCAGUUAGAGGAUAUAAGAUUGGUCUUGAAAGCAAAAAAUGAUAAGUACGAAACCAUGCUUGAUGAUGCAAAGAAUGAGAUCGAUCUUCUUACAAAUACCAUUGAACAGUCCAAGAACGAAUACCAGAAUUCGAAAAUCGAAUGGGAACAGAAAGAAAUGCAUUUAGUAGAUUGCAUAAAAAAAUCGGAAGAAGAAAGCUCUUCUCUCGAAAAAGAAGUUAAUAGGCUGGUGAAUUUGUUGAAACAAUCCGAGGAAGAAGCUUCGGCAUCGAAGGAAGAAGAAGCUCAGUUGAAAGAGAGCCUAAAGGAAGUCGAAUCCGAGGUGAUUUAUUUGCAAGAAGCUCUAAAGGAGGUCAAAACUGAGAGCAUGAAAUUGAAGGAGAGUUUAUUGGACAAAGAAACGGAAUUGCAGAGUGUCACUCAAGAAAACGAGGAACUCCGAGCUAAGGAAGCUGCUUCUCUUAAGAAAAUCGAGCAGUUGUUGAAGUUGUUAGAAGAAGCUACAAUCGAAAAGCAAAAUGAGGAGAACGGAGAGUUAUCGGACAGUGAGAAGGACUAUGAUUUGCUGCCUAAGGUAGUUGAAUUCUCUGAAGACAAUGGACAUGGAAGUGAAGAAAAGCCUAAGCUAGAGCUGUCAUCGGAACAACCAGAUGAGCUGAAAAAAGAAUCCCGGGACCUAAACGAUGACUCGAAAGAUGAGCCUCUUCAAGCAGAGCGUGCCAAAGAGGAGAACUUGAAUGGAAAAGCGAACAACAACGAAACGAAAGGCAAAGAGGAUGAAUCAGUUGAAGUUGAAUUCAAAAUGUGGGAAAGCUGCAAAAUCGAAAAGAAAGAAUUUUCACCCGAAAGGGAAACCGAGCAAGAAUCCUUCGACGAGGAAGUAGAGUCAAAGGUGGAGAACACCGAAGCUGAAGGCUUUGAUCAAAUAAACGGUUCGACGGAAAAUGCUGACGACGGCAAAAUCUCCCCAUCAAAGCAGCAGCAGCAACAGCAACAGCAACAACAACAACAAAAAAAGAAGAAGCCUCUACUCCGUAAAUUCGGGAGCCUACUGAAGAAGAAAGGAAGUAACAACCCGAAGUAGAUAACGAAAAACCCGAAACCCGAAAUCCGUAAUGGCAUGACUUUUAGCCUUACCAGCAAGCAGGUAUAGCAGAUAAUGUCUUGCAAGCUGAAUGUGUUUUGAUUCACUUGUUUUGUUUGUUUUUUCUUUUAAAAAUGUCCUCAAAUAGAAUUUAAAAUUGAAGAGGGUUGUAUUCAACGUUUAGUUUCUCCUUCUUAUUUUUUUUAAUUUGAUUCUCCAUAUUGGAUAGUA